GCAAAUCCCAUUUUUCUACCCGUGCACAGCAUAAGCCAUCAAUUCGUUUUGGGUCCUACUACAGUUAGUUACCGUAAUAAGAUUUCUGUUAUAUAAAUUCGUAGUGGUUUUAUUUUAAUUUUAUUCAACAAUAAAGGCUGUUAAUUUCAUAAACGUGAUAAAACACUGCAAAUGAAAUAAAGAACGCAUUUGUGCAUCCAUGUGUCCAGAUUCGAGAUGAGCAUUGGAGUUGAUAAUAUAAAACUAUUGGUAACUUGGAGACACUACGCCCAAGGUGUUUGUUGAAAAAGUAGCCUCCGGAAGUCUAAAUGAAUUAUUUUUAAGUCAGUGAUCAGAAAGAAAAAAAAUCAAAAUUAACUGUCAGCCACGUAAAAUCGAUAAGGUCGAGCACAUUAAUUCGCAUAGCCUAAUUGUGUUUUGACAUAUCCAUAAUCGCCAUCGCCACCGUCACCUACAUCUUCAACAGCGGACAUCGUCAACUCAUUGUCACAACAUCAAUUUGCCAAAAUGUCAUUCAUUAAUAAAUUAAAGUCCACUCCAUUGCCGCCAAUUAAAAAUAUUAUAAAUGUUGCCGUGCAAACAGCUCGUCAGCACAUUCCCGAGAAGAAGGACUACGAACAGCCAGGCAGUAACACAACAGGAGCGGCAACGACGCAACAAAACUUCAAUUCACAUCCACAAGGAAUGUUUAAUGGAGGGGCUGGCGAGGGCCAAUAUCAAGCGCAAAUCGCUGAAAGGCCAACCGAGUUGAAUCCAUUUCGCAAUCCAAAUGGAUGGACAGAUACCGAGAAUGGAGAAUACAAGAAUGAGGAAUAUCAGAACACUUCAUUUACUGCUAAUGAAUAUGACGGACGAUAUCAACAAACGGGUGGAUUCAGACAAGGAAGUGUAGCUUCUGAGGGAAGCUCAUUUGUGUGCGAAGGUGAAGGUGGCGGUGGCACAAAUAUCGACGAAUUUCAAGCCGGUUGGAAUGUCACCAAUGCGAUUCAAGGAAUGUUCAUCGUCUCGCUGCCAUUUGCUGUGCUGCACGGCGGUUAUUGGGCUAUCAUAGCAAUGGUCGGCAUAGCAUACAUUUGCUGCUAUACGGGAAAAGUGUUAGUGCAAUGCUUGUAUGAACCCGACCCUAACACCGGCCAAAUGAUACGAGUUCGUGACAGCUAUGUUGCGAUUGCAAAGGUUUGUUUUGGACCAAAAUUGGGUGCUCGCGCCGUUAGCAUUGCCCAAUUGAUUGAGUUGUUAAUGACGUGUAUUUUAUAUGUUGUGGUGUGUGGGGAUUUAUUGGCAGGCACCUACCCUCAAGGUUCUUUUGACUCACGAUCUUGGAUGAUGUUCGUGGGAAUAUUCUUGUUACCAAUGGGUUUUUUGAAAUCUCUGAAAAUGGUAUCGACCCUCUCAUUCUGGUGCACUAUGUCUCACAUUGUUAUUAAUGCCAUUAUUUUGGGCUAUUGCAUAUUACAGAUUGGGGAAUGGGGUUGGUCCAAAGUACGGUGGAGCAUUGAUAUGGAGAACUUUCCAAUAUCAUUGGGCGUGAUUGUUUUCUCAUAUACAUCGCAAAUAUUUUUGCCAUCACUAGAAGGCAGUAUGAUCGAUCGCUCUAAAUUCAACUGGAUGUUGGAUUGGUCGCAUAUAGCAGCAGCGAUUUUCAAAGCCGGUUUUGGCUACAUUUGCUUUCUUACUUUCCAAGAUGAUACUCAACAAGUAAUUACAAACAAUCUGCACUCACAGGGUUUUAAAGGAUUAGUGAAUUUCUUUUUAGUUAUAAAGGCAUUACUUAGCUAUCCUUUGCCCUAUUACGCUGCCUGCGAACUGCUGGAACGUAAUUUCUUCAGAGGGCCACCAAAAACGAAAUUUCCUACAAUAUGGCAUUUAGAUGGGGAACUAAAAGUUUGGGGUCUCGGAUUUCGAGUCGGUGUGAUAGUUGCAACAAUUAUGAUGGCUAUUUUCAUACCACAUUUUUCAAUUCUAAUGGGUUUCAUUGGUAGCUUCACCGGAACUAUGUUGAGCUUUAUCUGGCCUUGUUAUUUCCAUUUGAAAAUCAAAGGACAUCUAUUGGAUCAAAAAGAAGUUGCAAAGGACUACUUCAUCAUCUCUCUGGGAGUCUUGUUUGGCGUAAUAGGUAUUUACGAUUCUGGCAAUGCAUUAAUUAACGCCUUUGAACUGGGGCUACCAUUUUAAAAAUCUUAUUCUAACUGGGCACAAAUACACGCUAUGUGUCAGUGAAUAAUUAAUAUUAGAAAGUAGAGAUCGUACAUUACCAUGGCGAACGAACACAUGAAAUUUGUUACUGCAUUCCACAUAAAAAAUACUAUUACAUAUAUGUAUUUAAUUAAAUUUGCUUAGUAUAUACUUAAACGAUAGGUCAAAGUGGACAAUUUAAACAAAAUGAAACGAAAACGAUGUCUUCCAAUAUAAUAUAUAAACAUAAAUACUUAUAUAUAAUUAUACAAUGUAUGAUAACAUACAAAAUGAAAAGUGAAAAAUGUCUUCCAAAACGAUUUAACUAUAAUAUAUAAUAUAUAUAAUAUAAUACUUAUUUACAUAGGCAUAAUCUAAAUGCACGCAGAUAUAUGUGUGCAUAAUUUAAAAUUAAAGUUGAAACAUGUCUUCCAAGAUAAUUAUAUCACAUAUUAUAGAUAGAUCUUAUAUACAUGUACAUGUAUUAAAUUAUAUGGAUAAUUUUUAAAUGUUCAAACACAUUAAAAAUAUAGCCUUAAUUACGUUGUUUUCUUGUGGGGAUAUGAUGUCCUCGGAAAAGAUCCUAAUAAUAUAAGUUUUUAUUUUAUUCCUUUCAUUCCAUUUUUUUAACUACUCCAUAUUUUUAUACUCUCGCUAAAUGUUGUUGCAGUGUGUAAUAGUUUUGUUUACCCAACGGUUGUUUGUAUCAUCUAAAACCUAAUAGAGAUAACUAUAGGGUAUAUACAUGCAUAUACAUAUAAAGAAGGCCAUAAAGAGAGAAUACAAAAUCAAAUCAAAUCAAAGUUAAACUCAGCACAAAUAGUGUUUUUAAGACAUUCUAUCUCACGUCUAAACGACAGAUACCGAAUAUGUGAACUCCAGUUCCUAUGACUGACUCUUUACCGAAAAUAUUAGUCAAUCUGUGAGAUGUAGUAUUGAAAUUCGGAUAACAUUUUUACAAUAACAGCAUACCAUUGUGUUUGAAUUGGAUAAAAUCAUGUGAAGACUUCUCCUAGUCCCCUUAUACCUAAUACAAUAAUUUUCUACAUCUUAUCAACUCUAUACACUAAAUAAUGGUCAAAAUGUGAGGUAACUUAAUAAAACUCAUAGAGCAUCUUUUUUUGCAAUGAUUUGGUAAUGCCAAAAAUGGGUAAAAUCUAUAUUACCCGUAGCCCCCAUAUAUCAAGAUAUCUUAGCAAUAUGUAAUAUAACUUCAGUGUGUGAGUUAUCUUCAUAAAAUAACAUUAAAACGUAUCCUUCAGAAUUCUGGAAUAAUGUCAAUAGUUAAUUAUUUUAGACCUUAUUCUGGUUGAUGUUUUCAUCAUAAAUAAAUAUUAAAUUCCUAUUAAAUUUUAUCCUUUUCAUUGAGUUUAUAUCACGAAACAAAAUGUAGUAAUGACAGUCAGUCUAUAACAGUAGUCGGCAUUUCAUAGCACAAUUGUGCAAGCUAAUUUCCCACCUACACUUACGCUCUAUCGUUUAAACGCUGAAUACAUAGUCGACGACAAGCGACAAGCAGCAUCUAUCAAAUAUUAAAAUACACACGUUCUUAUGGGCACAUUUAUUUAGACAACUGCACGACUUCAUGGCAGCCGCAGUGUUGCUACUGAUAUGUAAAUUGUAAAAUUAUA